UAUCGAGUUGUGUGUGAGAUCUGCAAGAAAACAAGAGAGAGAAAGAAGAGAGAGAUUUGUCUCUCUUCAAGUUUUUUUUUUUCUCGCCCGAGAAAAUGAGAGAAAAUCACUGAGAAAAAUUUUCAGGCGGAAGAGCUGAAAAGCCUGAUUGUGUAUAAUCUUUGUGGCGGUUUUUGGUUUUGUCUGAAAUCUGCUUUUUAGUUUUUGUUGUGUUUUUCGUUUUUGCUCCGCCAUGAGGAUCCGGAAGAACGCGAAGUUAUCGCCACUGUUGUUUUCGGCGGUUGAGUCUGUUCCUGAGGUUCUUCAGACGCACAUUUGUCAGUUGAAUCAGUCGCCAUGGGAUGUGAUUCCUCUCCAUCAACACGACACGAACCAGGUCGAGGAGGCUGAAGAUAGCUUCAAUGAAAAUGCUAGUUUAGACGAUUCUAUCGGAGCUGUCGAGAGCGUCGCGUCGAUGAUGGAGGAGUCAGCGAAAUUAUCGAAUAAUAAUAUUGCUAUUACCAACGGGAAUGAAGUAAUGGCGGAUAAGGAUGGGGAUUAUCGUGAAGAUUUGAAUGAAAAUGGAGACGGAUUCGAGAAAUUGGUCGAUAGCAGUUUGAAAUGUAAGAAACAAUUUAAAGAGGAAGAUUAUUCUUCGUUUAGCUCCGACCACCACGACCGCCGUUCAUUUCUUAGGUCUAGCGAGAAUAAUUAUUAUUCUACUCUCAAUAAUUGCUCGAUUGCGAAGAAAUCCGCCGCCGGAGGUACGGUCUCGCGGCGGAUGCGGCCAGCGAGGUCUUCGAAGAAGACGGUUAGUGUAGCGGCCGGUGGAUCGAAUCCGUACGAGUUUUAUUAUUAUUCUGGAUUCGGCCCGCUGUGGGGGAAGAAACGACGGGAGAGAGGAGGAGAGGAAGACAGUGGGAAAUCGAGCGAAAAUACGACGGGAAUUCGGAGCAAUGCGACGACGCCGUCACCGUCCGACGUCGAGGAGUUGGAUUAUAUGGAAGACGACGACGAUGAGGAGGAAGAGAACGGUGACGGCGACGGUGGGAAAAAACGGAUGAGGAAGCCGGUGAAAGCGCGGUCAUUAAAAUCGCUGAUGUAAAAGGAAUGGGAUUUAAAUUUGGAAUUAGGAUUUUGGGUUUUGGUUUUUAGUGGUGGGAAAUUUUUCGCGGAGGGUUUCUUUUCUUCUUCGUCUUUGCAACGAUUGUUUGUUAGGGUUGUGAAGGAUUUUCCCUUUUCCCUUUUUAUUUUUGUGUGUGUAAUAUAUUAAUAUUAAUAUUAAUAAUAUUACUAUUAUUAGAAUUAUUUUUAAAAUCUUUUUAAUUUGGAUAUUGUUAUUCGCUGCGUAAUGCACGAAGAUGCUGUCUGUGUUGUGGCAUUGCGUGGGGGGGGGUGGGUGAGUUUAGCGUAGCUCAUGAACGUGGACAGCAGGAGAUUUCAUAGGGUGUGUUUUAGGGAGACCGAGACAUUGUGUUUAGUCAAAUAAAUGGGUAGUUCGGUAAUUUUCUAUAGACUUUUUUUUUUCUUGCUCUCUUAUAUUUUCUGUUUAUUUAAAUGGAGUUUGGGUUGCUUUUUUUGGGCUUGUGGUAAUAGAUGACGUGGCAAGUUAUGUUUUUUCCCAUAUAUGAAUAUUAAUAAAAGAAUGGGCCUACAAUUACCUUGUUGGGUCCACAUCAA